CAGGGGCGGACUGACAGCUCAUGGGCCCCCGGGCAAUAGGGGAUCAUGGGGCCCUUGUGUCCUCGCCCACACUCAAACCACACCCACAAAAGCCUAUGAAAGGUACCAGGGGCAUCUCAUGGGGCCCCCUACUGACCCCGGGCCCUUGGGCAGUACCCGAGUUUCCAAAUGGUCAGUCCGCCCCUGUGUUGGACUUUUGUUUUUUGGAUUUGCUGAUCCAUAUCAUUUUCUGUUUUUGUAUAUCAUUUUAUGUUUUUGUAUGUUUAUAUUACAGUCGGAAUAUUGUUUGUAUAGAAUGUAUGUGAAGCGCCAUACCUUACAUUAAAAUUUUCAUCACAAGUGAUUUCUCACU